AUGGAGGAUGUGUCUCUUUCUUCAGCAGCCAAUACUUCGAGAAUAUCAUCAAACUUGUCAGCAGAAGUCAAAUCUUAUCUCCGAAAUUUAAAUCUGUUUCCAUCGAUUCCACCCUCGACAAAUGAAUAUCGACUUCGAAGUGAACGAAUAGCAACACGAUUAUACAUCAUUCUCUUGAUGUUAUCAUUAUAUAUUCUUGUCAUCUACACUUCACUAAUUACUGUUACAGAAAUUGUUGCUGUUCCCGCAUCCACAACGACAGAGUACUCACAGUCAUACAACAAAUAUUCCGAAGCAUUAACAUGUCCGUGCUCAAGAAUUUCGAUCAACUAUGGUACAUUUCUUCAUCUUGAUUAUGUUCUUCAUCGUGUAUGCACCAGUGAUUUCGUUAAUGAUGAAUGGAUAGAUUAUCUGCGGUUAGCACGAGGCGUUAAAUCCCUGCGUUACAUUGACUUUCGAUGGACAGCUGCAUCCAUAUUUCAAGGUUUAAAUGUUUUCUGUGAAUUGGUUAAUGAGAGCAUUUCUAACCGGUUACUUCAGUUGUAUUCAAGUCAAUAUGUGACUGCAAAUGUUAUACCUCAUGAGCUAUUCCAAUCACAAGUGAAAUCAUUUAUAUCUCAAUUCAUCUUAUUAACGACGAAUGAUUUUAAAUUUUCAUUAUUUACAAUACAAAGGACAACGCAAACCAAUAAUAUAGUAUCUGCUCGUCAAAAUAAUGUUAGACUAUAUAAACUUCCUAAUAGCACCGAGAUUGCUCCAUCUACGGUGCGGUACAAUGAUUGCGACUGCGCAGCCUCUUCACAAUGCAUUGCUUCUUCACCGAUUUUGAAUAUUAGUGGAAACACAAAGUUGUUCAUCGUACCAGGAUUUCGAGCUUCAUGUUACCUAGUUGAGGCAUUACUUCAAUCGGAUUUAAGAUGUUUUUAUAGAGAGAAAUGUAUUACUACAUUAAUAUCAUACUUACCUACUUCUCCGACAUUCAAGAUAACAGCUAUUAAUAGCUCGUCAUUGGUUCGUUUCUAUGUAAACUCGACAAUUCAAUCCAUUCUUGAUGAAUUGUUCGUCGAAAAAUGGAUACCUUCUAUUCAAUACGAGAGUUAUUACAAUAACUGCCAACCGGAAAGAUGUAUUUAUAUUCAAACAACGAAGACUGGUAUUGUUUAUGUUAUUACAACAUUGAUAGGACUCAUUGGUGGCUUGAUUCCCGUAUUGAAAUUCGUUGUACCAAGAUUAGUCAUGUUUGUACGAAGGAAAAAAGUGGACAAUAUACAAGAAAACCAAACACUUGAGCAAGAACCAGCAUAUAACUGUAUGCAAAGAAUUAAAAAUCAUCUUUGUACAUUGAACGUGUUCCCGUCAGUUCCACCAUCAACAGAUGAACAUCGACUUCGAAAUGAACGUAUUUCGACGAAAGUAUUUCUCAUUCUUUUCACCUUAUCAAUAACUAUUCUAAAUCUUUAUAACUCAUUGAUAAUUGUAACACAAACUGUCACUGUUCCAUCACCUUCACUUACACAAUAUUCACAUUUAUAUGACAAAUAUUCAGAUGCAUUGACAUGUCCAUGCUCUAAAAUUUCGAUGAACUACGAUACAUUUCUUCAUCUAAAUUACACAUUUCAUCAAGUAUGUACAAGUGAUUUCGUUGGUCAAGAUUGGAUCGAUUAUCUAACGACAAUUGCCAACAGAUUUCGUGCUAAAAGAAACGAUUUCCGAUCAACUGGCACAUUGUUAUUUCAAGGUUUGAAAGCAUUUUGUCAAUUAGUGAAUGAAAUAAUCUCAAAUCGUAUACUUCGACUUUCUUCAUAUCAAUACGUGGCUGUAUCGGUAACACCGGUAAAUGUAUUUCGAUUACAAAUUGAUACUUUCAUAUCACAAUUUAAAUUAUCAACUAUAAAUGACUUUUUGUUGUCACUUUCGGCAAUACGAGAUACAACUCAAAGUAAUAGUUUGGCAACAAGCAAGCAGACGAACCAUGGAUUUCAGAUGCGAACCACAAGUCUGAUUCCAUAUCCAAUAUCGUAUGGUAAUUGUAGCUGUGGAACUUCACCUUUCUGUGUUCAACAAUCUGCAAUAAUAAGUAUUCCUCACGAAAAAAUACCUUUCUCUAUACCGGGCCUUUUUGUUGGAUGUUAUGUGAUUGAAUCAUUACUUCAAUCAAAUUUACAAUGUUUCUACAAUCAAUCAUGUAUCAAAACGUUGCAAUCGUAUUUCAAGCUUCUCCAACCACUGGAUGUCAAAGCACUUGAUUCAUCGAUAACAAGUAACUUUCUCCCUAAUUCGACAGUUAAAAGGCUUGUUGAACAAUUGAUGGUAGAAACGUGGACUCCGUCAAUAAUGUAUGAGAAUUAUUUUAAUGCGUGUAAACCACUUCAAUGUCUCUAUACAACUGAAACAAAGAAUGGCUUCAUAUAUAUGUUCACAACAUUACUUGGAUUACUUGGUGGUUUGAUUACAGUACUGAAAUUCAUCGUGCCGAAAGUGGUGAUGUUCAUAAGAAGGAGAAAGGAAACAGAAAGAACGAAUAAUGGUAUUAAUUGGAAAGAACGAAUUCGACUUCUUGAACAAAAGAUGAAGAUAUUUAUUGGAAACUUUAACAUGUUCCCAUCGACUCCACCAUCAACAGAUGGGUAUCACCUUCGAAAUCAACGAAUCGCAACACGAUUAUUCAUCAUUCUCUUGGUGUUAUCAUUAUAUAUUCUUGUCACCUACACAUCAAUGAUCAGUGUCAUAGAAACUAUCACUGUUUCAAACCCGUCGCUCACAAAGUACUCAAAAUUAUAUAGCGAACACCCACAAAGAUUAACAUGUCCAUGUUCAAAAGUAUCGAUUAACUAUGGUACAUUCCUUCAGCUUGAUUACGUUCUUCAUCAUGUAUGCAACAGUGAUUUCGUUACCAGCAACUGGGUUGAAUAUAUUCGUAAAUCUAGAGAAAUUGCAUCAGGUCCUGUCUCAGUAUAUGGCUUUUUAGCGACAGGUCCGCGUACGUUCCAGGCGUUGAGUGCUUUUUGUCGAUUAGUUGAUGAAAUUAUUUCAAAUCGUCUAGUUCAAUUCUAUUCAAAUCAAUUCGUUACUGCAAAUGUUAUAUCCAACGACGUUUUUCAAUCACAAGCGAAAUCAUUUAUAUCUCAUUUUAUAUUGUUAACCACGAACGAUUUUCUCUUGUCACUAUCAACAAUCAGAGAUACGACUCACAGUAACGCUCUGCUAUCCAGCUUCAUUACUAAUUACAAAAUUCUCUACGAGGGCGAUGACAAGAAUUUAAAAUUAGUAACACAAACUGUGGGAACAUGUAGCUGUGCAGCCUCAUCUAGAUGUAUCCGUCCAUCUGAAAUCUCGAGCAGAGAUGGUAGCAAAGUGGUCUUUACAGUGCCUGGCCUUUAUAUUGGAUGCUAUUUAGUUGAAGCAUUGCUUCAAUCAGAUCUCACAUGUUUUUAUGAUAAGAUGUGUCUCAACCAACUACAAUCUUAUAUAAGUAGUGUUAUAUCAAUGAAUGUCACAUCUCUCAAUACCUCAUUAUUAAUUCGCUUUUCCGAAAAAUCGACUGUUGCUAACAUUAUCAAUGAACUCAUGGUGGAAAAAUGGAUUACAUCUAUUUUAUAUGAAAAAUAUUAUAAUGAAUGUGGACCAACCAAAUGUAGUUAUACAUAUGUGACGAAGAACAGUAUUAUUUACAUUGUUACAACGUCAGUGGCGUCUAUUGGUGGAUUGAUAACAAUAUUGAAACUUACUUUAUUAGAAAUAGUCAACUUUAUCGCUUUUUGCAUUCGUAAAUGGAGUACAAGGCGUGCUGUAGUUGUUCCAAUGACUUAG